AUGGGAGGUUUAACAUGGUUUCUUUUCAUUUAUUGCUUAGGUGGUCUCACAUUUCUUCCCCUCCUCAUAAUAGCAUUAUUACUUCACGCAUACUUUACCUUCCCGGUUCGCGACGAUGCCGAUUCACGAAAAGACGACGAGUCAAUCUCUCGACCUGGUGAUGAUGUUGAUGCCAUUAAAUCUGCACAAAGGUCCCUGGGCGAGAAGUUUCAACUUCACAAUAACCAUGAGGCAGAUGUAGCUGCUGGAUAUUUCGCUAUUUGUAGGGAAUACUCACCCGGAGGGGUGAAUGGGAAGCCUCCAGAACGAACAACACCUGUUGGGUCAACUGCGGUCUCGGCACCCAGUCCUAGCGUUUACCAAAGCAUGUACAGAAGCUUGUUCGAGAGAAAGACAAACAAUGGCCCGCUAGACAAUAAGGCAGCCGGGAAGCCACAGAAGAAGGGCGGCAACGUAUUCUACGUGGUCUUGAGACAUGGGCAUUUGAUGCUUUUUGAUGACGAUGACCAGCUCGAAGUUCGAUACGUAGUGUCUUUGGCACAUCACGAUGUUGGUAUAUACUCAGGACCGAACGACAUUACACCAGAAGGAGAAUUAUUUAUAAAGCGAAACGCUAUUUGCUUAUCGAGGAAGCGGGGUGUUGGUGAAAUGACUGCCGACGGCAAGCCUUCUCAGCCUUUCUAUUUAUUCUCCGAAAACUGCUCUGAUAAAGAAGAUUUCUAUUUUGCACUUCUUCGAAACCAAGAGUCCGGCUCGACCCCAAAACCACCGGUUCCGUUGCAGUACGAUGUAAAAGAUAUCAUUACUCUUGUCCAGAGGUUGCACUCUUCCGAAGAACAUCUUCAGACAAGGUGGAUUAAUGCAUUAAUCGGCCGAAUUUUUCUUGCGCUGUAUAAGACACCAGAGAUUGAGAAUUUCAUUCGGGCGAAGAUUACCAAGAAGAUAUCAAGAGUCAAAACUCCCAAUUUUUUGCGACAAAUUACUCUUCGCAACGUAGAUAUGGGAGCGGCCGCACCGGUGAUCACGAAUCCACGUUUGAAGGAUUUAACUGUGGACGGGCAGCUCAUCGUGGAAGCUGAUGUUCGUUACACGGGCAGUUUUCGUCUUGAGGUUGCUGCAAUAGCUCGCCUUGAACUCGGUGCACGCUUCAAGGCUCGGGAAGUGAACCUACUGCUGGCUGUUGUCUUGAAAAAGAUCGAAGGCCAUAUGUUACUCCGAAUCAAGCCACCCCCCUCAAAUAGGCUCUGGGUAACAUUUGAGACCAUGCCAAAGAUAGACAUGACAAUAGAGCCCAUCGUGAGUUCGCGGCAGAUUACGUACACGUUGAUUCUUCGCCAGAUCGAGAACAGGAUCAAGGAAGUUGUGGCUGAAAGCUUAGUCUUUCCCAAUUGGGAUGAUUCGCCCUUUGCCAGUAGCGUAGACAAGUUAUGGAGAGGUGGCAUCUGGGCAGAUGAUCGACGUGCGGAACCAUCUGAGAAUGCCGAAACCAUUGCAGCUGAGGAUGGAGACGUCGACGAGGUAGACAUUCUAGAAGCCGAGCGCGAUGACUCCACGGCAUCUACGCCGCCAGUCGAAAAGAGCUAUAGCACUCCUGUGCUUGAUACCAACUUUUCUAAAACGAUGCAUUCGCGCAAAGGCAUAAAGUCCACUUCAAAUCUUACCGGUCCAUUUUCUGGCAGCUCAUCGGGAGUCGAUGCACGGCCUUCGACAGGCGAUAAACCACGAGCUCUUCGUUCCGGAUCUUUUGCCAACGCCUCCUCCCCGGUCGUUACUACUGAUAUAACAAACGCGGACGCAUUCAAGCCCUCGAGCCCCCCCAAUGAAAAACAUGCCGCAACCGCAAUGGCCAAGCUAUCCGCGAAAUCCGACUUCCCUUCACAGAGUCCUACGGGGUCUCCCAACCGACCAACAAACAUCAGACUAACCAGUAGCCAAUCCUCGUCAUCUUCACGGGAUUCCUCACAUUCUGAGAAAGCUUCUACGAGCAAUUUCAAACCGCAAACUUCUUUGGAUCCAUCAUUGUUUACUGAUAAAUCUAGUAUCAAAUAUUACCCCUCAAGUCCAGCAAGUUUAAGCACUGCAUCAAUAAGAUCAGAAUAUCCAAUCCUCAAAGCUUCCGGGACUCCAAAACGCGAGAAUACUACAUCGUCGGCGAAAUCUUCAACUUCAGAGACCAAACGAUUGUCUCUUGCUGCUGUUACUAACGCGGCGGCAACGGCGAAGACCUGGGGUUGGAAUGCUAUUCAACGACGUAGCGAUCAGAAAGCAAGUAGCUCUUCAGAAUCAAUGGGACCAACCCAACCACGCGUUAUGGGGCGCGGACAACCCCUGCCCCCCCCUGGAGUGCCUCUACCUCCACCAGACAAAAAGACAAAAACGGCCCCCAUCCCCGUGCCGAAGCGGAAACUAAUCCCCCUUCCUGUUCUGCCACAGAGACAUCAAACGGAAGCGGCUACGAAUCGGCAGCAUCAAAAUUCUCAGCCACCCCCUUUACCUAGGCGUGCUUCUCGGAAGAACACGGACACUGGAGAUAAUGGCCUCCUAGUUGUGUCAGCACCAUCAGAACCGACAACACCAGUGACUGAAGAUUCGCCACAAUAUUUGCAACCGUGGGUAGAUGAUGUGGAUGAGUCGAUGGAAGAACAUCAACAAUCUAAAGAUGCCGCCUCUUCACUUUCUGCUCCUGUUGCUCAUGAGCCACCCCAACUCCCAAAGAGGCGGCACCCACGCCGAGUUGUCUCUACUAGCCCUGAAGAGGACGGGCACAAAUUACCCUCAUGGAUGGCGGCACAGGAGCAGGAAGCUCGGACCAAAAGCAAUUUCGUUGAUGAAGAUACAGGCCUAUGA